AUGGAUGUGACGAACACACAAAGACCCACCACCACCAUCGGAUCCUCAGUUGACACACCUCACGUCCCCCCGUGCCUUUCCCCCCAGAUGCUCAGCGAUGCCGACACCUUGGGCAGCCGGAAAAUCUCAGACGGAGCAGCGAUACACCUCUUCCAGAGGCCCAAGGUGGCCGCGGCCGCCGCUGCGGGCGUAGGCACGGCCUCCGCGCAGCAACCUGGCAACCUGUAUGAGUUCCCUCCGGUGCUGCUACAGCCCCUGGAGAGGGGCGGGGACAGGGAGGGCGCCGGUGCGCACUGGGAAGUGGAGGCCCCGCGACGAAAGAUCAUGUUUCUGGCUUCAAUCUUGGUGCUCAUCUCCGUCCUCCAGCUUCUGGAAUGCCUUGCGAGCACCUCUACGGUGUUGUCAGUGCCAGGGGCAGGGGGGGGCAGCACCGGUGGCGACAACGGCGGGAGCGCACACCCUAGCCUCCCUGGCGAGUAUUGGUUCCUUGUGAGGGGGAGAACUCUUUCGAGCGUCAUGGGCAUCGUGGUGGGGACCCUCGGCGUCUGUGGGUCCCAGAGCCUCAACACGCACACCAUCAGGUGGUACUUUGUGGGACUCGUCAUGUGCGCGAUCGUGGCGAUGGCGAUAAGAAUAGAGGUGUUCUACGACACCGUCACGGGCAAGAUCCCGUUCGGCGACUACGGGACAAACUCCCCAGACUCGUCGAGGGAGAACGAUCCGGGAGAGGGAGGAGGCGGUGGGAGCGGGGGCGGGAGUGGCACGGGAGAUGAGGGGGGGCCAGGGGCGCACCACGAGGCGGCGGAGGAAGCGCAGAGCAGUCUCGUCUUCAUGGCCCUCAGCGCGUUCGUCUCGGUGAGUCCAGCAAGAGCAAGGGGUCGGAGUGUACCGGGACAGUUUUUUUUCGAUGUCGCGGUUGUUCCGCCAAGGAUGAAAAGAAAGGUGGUGGCACCGUUGAGAACUGGAUGCGAGAAAAGGGUGGUGGUGUCCGGGACCCUUUGGAUGAUUUGCAUUCGAAGGGUUCACGACAUGCGCAGGGUCAUCAGUAUACACGUGGCCAACUGGGAACGACAAGAGCGCGGCGAGGGGCUGGAGGGGAGGGAGGGGGGAGGACUUACGAACGCCAUAUCGGACCCGGAAUUGGAAAGCAGGCGCCGCGAUGUUGCCAUCGUGUAGGAAACGUCAACCAUUGAGUUUCGUUUUCUGCGCGACACCCCCGAGGCACCUUUCCCCACGGCGGGAUGAUGUACAUGCAUGUCUACUUAUCUUUUUUUCAUGUCGGAGCGCUGACCGCACGCGACUAGAACCCAUGAAGAGAGUCAGUGUUAUAAGAGCCAAGAGCGCGACACGUUGUCGACGCAUGCCGGCUGGGUUGCAUGCUAGUGGGAGUGAUUUUUUGUUGUUGAGGAUGAGAGGUGCGUCGGAUCGAUGCGGGGACACAUGCAACGUGCAGGAGGAAACGAGCGUUAGUAGAGUUCCGAGAACGAGCGAGAGAACUACCACGGCUUAUUUUUUUGUCCGCGGACAAAAAUGUUUCAACAAAACAUGGGGAGAAAACUGGCUGUCAGUCUCGUCGAGGAAGAUUCGGGUGCACUCGCGGUUUGUGGCGCGUGGUCGUAGGCGCCAACGGGAAGGUUGCGGUUCGUAAGUCACGCGCGUUUGGGUAUCAGGGGGGCAGGCAUUUGUCGAGCACGCCACGUGUCCGAAGGUUGUCGGCUGAUUUGUGCCUGUUAAAACCCAAUUUUGAACACGACGGCGUUGGCUCUCGCUGUUUGUUUACUUUGCCAUUCACCGCGAUGGAAAGAUAGAUAGUCUUAACUAUGCUACGCAGCCCAUUUUUGAAUAGAACUGCGGAGUGUUUGUUGAUGUCGUUGUAGGUGUCGUUGCCACUGCUGUGUUGUUAUAGUGGCGCAACGAACGGGCAGUCUCAUGUUUGGUGAAGUUUUUCGAUGGAAGGGGGCGCUCGUUUUGUGUAUUUUUUUGUCAAACACGUUUGUGGGGGGGUGGUUUUGUUCUCGCGCCUGUUGAUCUCGUUUGUUAAUCAACCUGUGUUCGGAGGCUGUUGGGUAUUAUCUUCUUGUUUUUUCCAGACUGCUGUCGGUGGCCUACGCCCUGGGAUUGUCACAGCGUCCCUCCGCUGUUCCUUCAAAAGCUCUGCCUCGUUGUGCGUACGUACCUGCGAAUCCCGAGUGAUGGCUAUCGUGUAUUUUUCUUUGUCUCCGAGUCGCUUACGCCGUUGGUUGCCGAGUUUGUCCAGGGGCAAUGUUUUCGCUCGGAUGGUACGGGCAGCAGCAGGCACAUAUGUAGUUAUUAUUGUGCAAUUUUUGCACUACUAGUAUGUUUUUUACAAAGUGAAGUUUUGUCUGUCUUUCUGGAAUGCGUCUGUCUGUCUUCACUUGGCGAUUGUUUGUGUGGGCCUGUGCGUGAACGUGAAUGAAAGAAUAUAUGUAGACUAAUCUUCUGGCUGGCUAGUCGUCUUGCUCGCUGGGCUGCCUAAUAGCCGCAGCAAGUCAAGAUUGAUCGUCCUCGUUGCCCGAAG